AUGCGGCUGACGGCCGACCUGAUCCGGGAUUCCCUAUCCUAUCUCAACCCUCUCAAGGAGCGGGAGCUUGAUCUUCGAGGACACCGGAUCCCCGCGAUUGAGAACCUGGGUGUCGCUGGCCCUCACGACGCCAUCGACUUCACCGACAAUGACAUUCAAGUCUUGGGAAACUUUCCCCUGUCGCCCCGUAUAACGACUCUCCUCCUCGCAAGGAACCGCGUCUCGAGCAUUCAGCCUUCCCUCGCAAAGGCCAUUCCCAACCUCAAGAACCUGGUGCUGUCGUCGAAUAACCUGGCCGAGCUUGCGGACCUGGAUGCGCUGGCUGGAUUCCCGCGCCUGACGCACCUUGUGCUGGUGGACAACCCAGCCUCCAAGAAGGAGAACUACCGAUACUGGGUGCUCUGGAGAUGCCCCUCGGUGCGAUUCCUGGAUCACGAAAAGGUCAAGGAGGCGGAACGGGAGAAGGCGCGGGAGCUGUUUGGAACUGAGGAAGAGCCCACGGCUCUAGCUUCAAAGAUCAUGGGCAUCAAGACCACCAACUUCACCACCUCGGCCGACGGUUCAGAAGCCCCGUCCAAGCUGUCGCGGAUAAAGCUCACCGACGCCGAGAAGAAGAGAUUACAGGAGCGCAUCAAGAAGGCCACGAGCCUGCAGGAGAUUAUCGCGCUGGAGAAGGAGCUGAACGAGGGGCGUCUGCCCUCUGGCAUCCACGGAGAUGCCAUGGAGGAGUGA